CUCCUGUUGUCUCCUGUAUUUUCCGGGUACUUCAUGCUGUGAGAUGACAGUGCAGACCACUGCACCGCUGUGUGUGACGGUGUGUGUGUUUGCGUUGCAGUGCCUUUCCCAGCUGAUGUCCUUCCUCAUCAGCUUCGUCAGCACCGUGUUCUGUGGCCACCUGGGAAAAACUGAGCUGGCGGCCGUGGCACUAGCGAUCGCGGUGGUUAACGUCACUGCUAUUUCCGUUGGCAUGGGUCUGUCGUCGACCUGCGAUACGCUCAUAUCUCAGACCUUUGGGAGCGGUAACCUGAAGCGGGGUGUGAUCCUGCAGAGGGGGGUCCUGAUCCUGCUGCUGGCCUGUUUCCCCUGCUGGGCCAUCCUCAUAAACACCCAACCCCUCCUGCUCCUCUUCCGACAGAGUCCGGAAGUUGCCAGGCUGUCUCAGCUCUACGUGGAGAUUUUCACGCCUGCUCUGCCGGCUACAUUCAUGUUCCACCUGCAAGGACGGUACCUUCAGAAUCAGGGCAUCAUCUGGCCUCAGGUCGUAACUGGAGCCAUCGGAAACCUGCUUAAUGCAGUCAUCAACUACAUUCUGCUCUACGUUCUGGACAUGGGCGUCGCUGGAUCGGCGCUCGCCAACACUUUGUCCCAGUUUGUGCUGGCGACCGUCUUGUUUGUCUACAUCGUCAGCAGAGGUCUGCACAAGAACACUUGGGGGGGACAGACCAAGGCCUUCAAGUUCGAGCCCAGCACCACCGUCAAGGACAUCGUCAUGACGCAGGAGAAACUGUCUCUGAGCCGGAUCGAACAUUUCUCUCUGGUUCUGGAGCAGCAACACAGCAUCAGCAAACUGCUGCUGCUGCAUGAGGAGGAGAGGAUACAGCAGGUGGUCCAGAAGAAGGCCCACGACUACCGGUGUCUGUUCCGAGUGUUCAUGCCCAGGAGCCUGGAGAUGCUGCUGCAGGACGAUCCCACCGCCUUCGAGUACCUCUACCUUCAAGGGAUGAACGACGUGCUGCAGGAGCGCUUCGCUGUGGAGAUGAGGUGCAACACCGCUUUACGACUGGCUGCUCUGCACAUUCAGGAGAGGCUGGCGAGCUGCGGACAAUCACCCAAAACUAACCUGAAGAUGAUCACGAAGACCUGGGGCAUCGAGAACUUCGUGUCGUCCACUCUGCUGAGGAACAUGCGUGAGAAGGAUCUGAGGAAGGCCAUUGGCUACCACAUGAAGAAGAGCCAGUCGCAGCACGACCCCAAGCAGAAGGGCGUGUCGGUGGAUCACGCCAGGCUCAACUACUUGGACGAGCUCAGCGACCUCAAGUCCUUCGGCGGGAAAUCCUUCGGCGCCACCAUGAUGCUCCAGGACCGGGAGUCCAUGGUGACCCUGCUGGUGGGCGCGUACGGGGUGAGCCAGGUGGUCAACCACAAGCUGAGCAUCCUGUCCACGCUCACGGAGUUCAGCAGAAUCACGCGCAUCGAGCUGCUGCCCGAGUCCGAUAAGGUCAGCCUGGUCAAGAUCUACCUGCAGGACAUCAAGCCCAUUACAUUACUGUUGGAGUCAGCUGCUGCCAAAGACAUGUCUUGCCUCAUAGCCGGGUACUGCCGGGUGUUCGUCGACCCCGCGCUCAACAUCUUUCCCUGGACUGACGACUCCAGGAAGCACAGGGUGUCUGCAGAGGAAGGCUAUGUGUCGCGCUGCGGCAGCGACUCGGACGACUCCUCAGACCCGGGCACGGAGCCGCCGUCGGGCCCGAUGUCCCGAGACGACAGGCCGUGUCCACGUGUCCGGUCGUCCUCAGACCCAGACGGAAGGAAGAGAAAAGACAGGCAGAGGAGGAGAGACGGCAAAGAGACGAGCGGAAGACCGUGGGAUGAGAAAAAAGUCCAAGAGGAGAAAGACGGAAGCAGCGAAAAGAAGAAAACUGCAGCAGAGGAGGAGAGGAAAAAUGAAGACCAGGGACGGAUAGAAGAGGUCCAGGACGGGGGACAGAGGGAGACAACACAGAGACAGGCUGGAGGAGGAUCAGAUGUUGGAGUCGUGGAGGAGAAUCCGUCUGCCUCAGAAGCCUCGGACUCGUGUCACACGGACUCCCGUGUCCUCACCAGCCCGUCCAGCGACUCUCUGGAUGCUUUGGAGGAAGACGACCUGCUGACCUGCUCCUCCUCGUCUGUCCUCCUGAACGUCCACUCGUCCCUCCAGCUGCACCCCUUCUCAGAGCGCCACGCUCAGCCUCACCUCCUCACCCCGCCGCCGGCUCACUCCCACCCGCUGCUGCACCUGACGGGGGGAGGAGGAGGAGGAGGAGGAGGAGCAGGAGGAGGAGGAGGAGGAGGAGGAGGAGGUUCCUGCAGGAAGUCAGGGGAUGGAGGAGAUCCUCACCUCCUCUCGCCAGACUCCUCCCACCAGAGCCGUGCGAGUGGUCUCUGUUCUGACGACAGCUCGCUGUGCUUCGCCGAGCUGUCCCGCCUGGUGGACUUCCUGCCGAGUCCCCCGGAGGCCAGCGAGGAGGAGGACGAAGAGGACGAGCUGAGGAGGAGGAGGAGGAGGAACAUGCUGCAGGAGGUGGAGCAGGCAGCGAGGAGAGCGGGAAGCCUGAGCGUGGAGGCGGGGUCAAAGGAGUCCCCGUCCCCGUCCUCCCCCUCCUCCCAUCUAGACUUUGUCUUCAACUUCGACCAGAGCGACGCUCGGUGCUACUACAACAUCUGCUCCAACAUCACGCCCGACAGCGCCCGCAGCCUGUCCCACCCCCCGCAGGGCACCGACGGGGGGGCCGAGGAGGGGGCCGGGGAGGGGGGCGGGGAGGGGGCCGGGGAGGGGGGCGGGGAGGGGGCUGGGGACCAGGCCGUCCCCAUCCUGCAGCCGCCGCCCGGCUUUGGGGACAGCAGCUCUGACGAGGAGUUCUUUGACGCCAGGGACGGAUUCGGCUCGCCGGAGGACCCGACGUCGGGCGCCGUGCCUCGAGACGUUUGCACCGAGAUGAAGCUGAACUUCCUCAGCACUCUGAGCCUCAGCGACAUCCAGCUCUCUGCUCCAGACACAAACAAAGACGGAAAAGCACAAGAAGAGGAAGACGAGACCUUGCUGCAGCUGAGGAAAAGAUCCCGUAAGCGCCGGUCUUACAUGGAGACUGAUUACACCUCCAGAGUGUCGUAUCCCGACCCGGACCUGAAGACCCAGCACGGCUCCGUGUCGACCCGGCCUCUCCUGGCUGAGGCCGGCGACGGCCAGAUGUUCAGUUCUGAUCCGGAACCUUCGAAGCAGACACAGAAUCCCAGUCCCACCGUGUCCUCGCUCACCCACUCUGAAGGAGAACCGACUCAGCUGGAGUCCAAACCCAUCCUGGCUAAACUGUCCUCGUACAGACCCGACCCGCUGUCUCGUCCACGGUCCCUCGAGCCCAAAGACCCCCAGGUCUCCCCCAGAACCAAGAAGCAGGACAUGGAGAUGGAGCCUGACGCCAUGGAGUCCAAAUCAGUGACCGACCUGCUGAAAGCAGCGUCUCCUGCCAUCACGGUGGUUCGCUGCCGCGUGGAUCCAGACGGGAAGGAGAGCGCCGAUCGGAGGGCUGAUGGGAAGGAGGAAGGGGUGACAGAGGGGGAGAUGGAGGAGGGAGACAGGGACGAACCCGCUUCAAAUCAACAUGAAGAUAUACCCAAAAGAGAGUCCACCUCAUCCAACUCUGAAAUGAAGGAUAGUUUGGCGAGUCCAAGCUUAGCGAAGGUGAACACAUCUGCAGUCCAGGAUCUCUGCAAAGAGCCUCCUUCUCCAACGCAUUUCCUCUUCCAGACCUGCUCCCCGACCAUCAUGGGCCGAUUGUCUGCUUCAACCCUCAGAGGGAAGAUCCAGAAGUUGCCUCUUUAUCUGUCCAGAUCCCAGGAAACUGUCAACCAAGCUGGUGGUGAGAACGUGGAACAGUCUCCGUCCGAGGACAGCAGCCAGGAGAACUCAAAGAUCACCAUCCAGGUCACCGACGUUCACGAUGUGACGCAGACCGUGGACCUGGAGAAGGGCGCCGCCGCCGAGUCUGUGGAGUCGGACGAUUCAGACGCCACGGUCACGGGCUCCGAGGUGGACGGGGACUAUUUUGUGGACGUCAACUCAGCUAAGUGUUUUCAUUCAGCAUCAGAAGUGGCAGGAGCUAGUCCUCAGGUUCCUGUCCAGACUGAACCCAAAGCCCAGUGUCACCAACCUAAUUUGUACUCUGGACUUCUCAAGAGCGCUCCAGGACCGAUAACUGCUCCUCCCACCUCCAUCAUGAGCCACUUUCAGACAGAACCAUCGGGGCUAAAGACAGACACUCCUGGCCCCGUUAAGGAAGCUCCAGAACCAAACGUUGUAGUGGGAGACGCUCUGGGGAACAGAACAAGCAGUCGAUGUCCGUCUGUCCCUGCUCCCAUCGUGGUGACCACACAGAACCUGAACGGUCCAGGACUUCCUUUCCACAGUCAGCCCCAGAAAGCCAGAAGAACCAGCAGUGAUAGGCCCUUGAUGGGUCUCUGCAGGCCUCCAGAGCAGAACUCAAACUCACCAAAAGCCCUUUCCUCGGGCUGCAGAGUGUUUACCAUCUGUGAGGAUCUGUCCCAGAACCAGCUCCCCGGCGAGGUGGUCUCCGUCGCCCCUUUCAAGGCUGAAAUCAGCUGCGGCUCUGUGCUGGCGUCCGGAUGCGAGUCAGUGGUGGAGGGGAUCCAGGCGCCGCUGGACGCCUGUGGCUGCCCACCGGUUUACGCCAACUGCUUCAGUUCGGGGGACGGAUUCGACGACGAGCUGACGGUGUACGAGUUCUCCUGCCGCACGCAGAGCAGCGGCGUGACCCAGCCCUCCGGCGCAGGUCUUCCUCUCAUGAGCUCGGCUCCGGUUCCCUCCUUCCUCUCCACCUCCUCCUCCACCCACUCUCCGUCCUUCCCUCGCUCCAUCCUCUUCUCCAGCUCUACCUCUGAACUGUCCCCCCUCCUCUCCCCGCUGUCCGACUCCUCCGACUCGCACAGAGACACCAUCGGUCGGCUCGGUCAGCAGCGUUACCCAGAACCCCCCGCAGGCUUUCAGAUGUUGCGUGUGGACGUAGACCAGCUCCUCUCCAUUCUGGAAAGCAGCAGUGUGGACCGGUCGGUGGCAGGUUACGGAGGACGCCAUCCCAGAGACACGUGCCCCGCCCACUUCACAGAGAACAAGAGAGUCCUGCAGCUGGAGGCACGGCGGCUGAUGUCGGGCUGCCAGAAGGUGGUGGGCGUCGGGCAGAGCCCGCAGGAGAUGCUGCGCUCGCUGGCCGACAGCUUCCGGACCCUGGUGGAGCUGGCCGGCGUCUGUCUCUGGUUCUCCGGGUGCGAUAGGUGCGACCGCAGGAACGCGGAGGCCGUGGCGGGCCUGGCCGACGUGGCCCGCUCAUUUAGGGACUUCUGCCUGGCGGCGGAGCGGGCGAGCAGCAAACGCAGCUGCCAGGACCUUAGCACCAAGCUGCUGGCCAAGCAGUGCACGGCGCUCACCGCGUCCGUCUUCUGCCUCACCCAGCUGUUCCGCACCCUCACUGCACUAUGA